CCAGGCCAGGGCUCAGCUGACCAGGGCGUCUGUCCCCUGCAGUGAGGUGUGCGCGCGCGCCUGAGCAGGCGUGAGGCUGUGGGGCCCGGGUGCAGCUGCGGCGGGGGGCAGGCGCCGGGCUCCCCUCCCCCAGCUUGCGUCUCCCCAGCAACAGUAGCCUCGGUCUGGGGCUCAGCCCCUCCCCCGCCCCGCCCCAGCUGCGGCUGCGAAGCGUCUGGAACCGCAUCCUCGUCCGGAGUCCGGAGACCGCAGCCCGCCGCCGCAGCCCGUCGGAGCCGCCCGACAAGGACCACCACCCACCAUGGUGAAGCUGGGCUGGAGCUUCUCCGGGAAGCUGGGCAAAGACCUGGGGGCCCAGGACGGGGCUGCCAUGGACAGUGUCCCCCUGAUCAGCCCACUGGACGUCACCCAGCUGCAGCCAUCGUUCUCUGACCAGGUGGUCAUCAAGACACAGACGGAAUACGGGCCGCCUUCCACAGGCCCGCUGAAGAAGCUCCCGGACCUGGAGGCCCAGAAGCUGGCCGGCACCAGCUCAGAGGAAAGACAUGGGAUGCCCGCAGCGCGCAUGAUCGCCUUCGCCAUGGCCCUCCUGGGCUGCGUCCUCAUCAUGUACAAGGCCAUCUGGUACGACCAGCUCGCCUGCCCGGAUGGCUUCCUGCUGCGGCACAGGAUGUGCACCCCGCUGACCCUGGAGAUGUACUACUCGGAGCUGGACCCCGAGCGCCACCGCCGCAUCAUGGCCGCCCUGGGCGCCUACCAGCCCAGUGGCAAGCAGGGCGCCGAGCUGCCCGCGCCCUGGAGGCCCAGCCGCCGCGCCGGCAAGGAGGCACCCAGGGCGGCCGCGCAGGCGGGCGCAGCCACGGCCACUGCGCUCCCCGGGAAGCCCGCGGCAGGCGCGGAGAAGGAGCCGGCGGUGCCUGCGGAGGGGAGCGCGCCGCCCCCUGCCCCCGCCCCGCAGUGA